AAUAAGUUACUAUUAUUAAAGAUUAAUAAUUUUCUAUUACCUUUUGUCUAUUAUCUUCAACAGUUUUAUUAACAUCAUUACUUCAGAUUGUUUACUUUCAAACACUCUUUACCACUGUGAUAGUUAUGUCAAUAUUAAACACAACCACUGGUUUAAUGCCAAUGGUUCAAAGUGAUAGUAAACAUCAUUUAUUCAACGUAACAUCAGUUCAUCACCAACACCAUGAUUUGAAUCAUCAUUCAACUGACCCACAACAAAUCAUUAAAGCUCAAUCAUCUCAAAUGACUAGUAGUUCUAACCAUGUCAAUAUAGAUUCAAUGAUGAAAAAUUAUUUUCACAUUACGUUUGGAGACACAGUGCUUUUUAAAGGUUGGAGUCUUCAAUCAACAACAGAUGUUUUGAUCGCCUGUACAGUGUUCUUUUUAUUGGCCAUUUUUUACGAAGGACUUAAGAGUCUUCGAGAAUUUUUAUUCAGAAGAGAAGCCAGAUCUGGUAGUUACCAAGUGUCUCUAUAUACCCCAACAAAUGCUUGUCCAGAUGACAUGAUUGCAACCUCGGUCAAUCAAUCCGAUGAACAUCCAACCCCAACACUAAUCAAUUGUUCAAUGUGGUCAAAGGCUCAUUUCUAUCAGUCAUCCCUUCAUGCAAUUCAGGUCACAAUUAGCUAUACACUGAUGCUUGGUUUCAUGACUUUCAACACUUGGAUAUGCCUUUCAAUUUUACUUGGUGCAGGUUUAGGAUACUUCCUAUUCUGCUGGCGUAAACUGACUUUUGUCAACGUUACGGAUCAUUGUAAUUAAUUUUUAAUUGCCUGGAAACCAAAUGGCUAAAAUUGGUAACUGUUGUGAAAAAUUAAAUAACCUUGGUAUUAAAAUUUUUAUUUCAUAUUAAGCAAUGAUUCAGUUGUUUGCCAUAGAAAGAAGUAUCCGCCAAGUCUGAUUGGUCUAUUGCAUCUACAGUGUAAAACAAUUCAGAUUUUAAUCUAGUUUGUAAAAAAAAACAUUGAAGCUCAAAUAAAAUGAAAUCUUUUGAUUCAUCGUCCAACGCCAAAUGAAA